UGGUGAAUGCGCCUGAAGCGCGAAUUUCACUGUGCUGUGGGUCAUGGCCGUAGUGUGGGGCAUACUCGUUUCCUUUUCAUCUUCCUCGAUGUCUGGUGUUCCAUAAGAUAAAAAAAAUUCACUGACGACAACGAUUCAUUGCUACUACCAUACUAAAUUUCUCCCACUAUUUAUUAAUUUAAAACUUCCUUCCUUUCGGUGAAUUUUCUCAUGAUGGUAUAUAAGCACGAUGUAUAUCCAAAUAUAUAUAACAGUGAGCAUCGAUCUUGGAUUGAGUGUGGAUCAAACAAAAAAAAAAAUUGGAUUUUAGUUUCAUAUAUUUGGAUACAUAAUGGUGUCUCAUUUGACUGUUUGUUCGCUUGUAUUAGCAACAGUGAUAGCAGUUACAACUGCAACAUUUGGAAAAGAACAUGUUCAUAUAAGAAUUCAUAUACCAUUGAAAGAAGAUCAUCAUGAAGAUCAUGAUCAUGGUUCAUCAUCUGGUGGAGGUGGAGGAGGUCACGGUGACAUAACAGGUCCUGGUGGAUUUGGUGGUGGUUUAAGUUUUGGUGGAGGUUUUGGAAAGCCAUCAUCAAGUUACGGACCUCCACCUAGUUUUGGAAGUUCUGGACCUUCAUCAAGUUAUGGACCACCUUCAUCUGGUGGUCAUGGUGGUCAUGGUGGAUCAUCAUCUGGAUUUGGAAGUUCAGGACCUUCAUCAAGCUAUGGACCACCAUCAUUUGGUAAACAUGGUGGAUCUUCAUCUGGUGGACACGGUGGAUCAUCAUCUGGCUUUGGAAGUUCAGGACCUUCAUCAAGUUAUGGACCACCAGCAUCAAGCUACGGACCACCAUCAUCUGGUAGCCAUGGUGGAUCUUCAUUCAGUGGACAUGGUGGAUCUUCAUCUGGUGGAUCAUCAUUUGGCUUUGGAAGUUCAGGACCUUCAUCAAGUUAUGGACCACCAGCAUCAAGCUAUGGACCACCAUCAUCUGGUAGCCAUGGUGGAUCAUCAUCUGGUGGACACGGUGGAUCAUCAUUUGGCUUUGGAAGUUCAGGACCAUCAUCAAGCUAUGGACCACCAUCAUCUGGUGGACACGGUGGAUCUUCAUCUGGUGGUCAUGGUGGAUCAUCAUCUGGUUUUGGAAGUUCAGGACCAUCAUCAAGUUAUGGACCACCAGCAUCAAGCUAUGGACCACCAUCAUCUGGCAGCCAUGGUGGAUCAUCAGGUUUUAGUGGAUCUUCAAGCUUUGGUGGUUCAUCAUCAUCAUCAUCAUUUGGUCACGGUGGAUCUUCAUCAGGUUUUAGUGGUCCACCUUCUUCAAGCUAUGGUACACCUUCUUAUCGUCAUGGAGGUUCUUCAUUUAAUUCUGGUAGUUCAGGACUUUCAUCAAGUUAUCAAGCACCAUCUCAAAGCUAUGGACCACCAUUUUCUGGUGGUGGCGGUGGUAGUGGAUCAUCACAACCUUCAUCUAGCUACGGUGCACCAUCUUUUAGUCACGGUGGAUCAUCAUCAAGUAGUGGAGGAUCAUCAUCAAGUUAUGCAGCACCUUCAUCAAGCUAUGGAGCACCAUCUUCUGGUUCAGAUGGAUCAUCUGGCUCAGGUUUCAGUGGAUCAUUGAGUAUUGGUGGUGGUUUUUCAUCUGGUUUUGGAGGCUCAAGUUCAAGUUAUUCAGCACCUUCAUCAAGCUACAGUGCUCCUUCAUCGAGUUACUCAGCACCUUCAUCUAGUUACAGUGCUCCUUCAUCAAGUUAUUCAGCACCUUCAUCAGGCUACAGUGCACCAUCAUCCAGUUACAGUGCACCAUCAAAUAAUUUAGAAAGCGGAAGUCACAGUGGAAGCUUUGCAAGUGCAGGAUCACAAGCAGAUUAUUCAAGUUCUGGUAAUUCCUACAGUGAUGAUCAAGGAUAUUCAAGUGGUGGAUAUUCAAGGAAGUAAAAGUUGUUUUGUCUGGAAUUUUUUUUUUGUAUACUCUAAGUAGGGAUAAAUAUUUUUUAUCAAAAAUAUUCAGCAGAUGAUCAAACAUACGUUUAUA